AUGGUAGGAAGUGACGAUGGAUCAGGAAGUGAACAGGAGGAAUGGACUGGACAAGAGCUGAACUCCUCACGGGAUGAGAGUGUUAAAUAUGAAGAGAGUGAGCUAGCCGUUACUGAGGACGGCAUCUCGACUGUCAUUUUCGGGGUUAAAGAAAAUCAUGCCAGAAAGUGUAUCAACUGUCUAACUUGUGGCCAGAGGUUCCGUAGUAGACGCACCCUAAUGAAGCAUCGACGGGCUAAUCACGCUAAAAAUAAAACCGAAUCUGAAGUCAAAGAAAAGUUUUAUAUUUGCUCAAUUUGUGGGGAGAAGUUUCUUAAAAUGGGUCUCCUUUUGCGCCAUCGAGUCAUACACACUAAGGAGAAUCCAGAAGGGAGGUUUGUGUGCCAACAGUGUGGAAAGGGCUUCCCCCAUCAAGCUUUUUUGAAAGCUCACCAGAAAGUUCACGAGGAUGCGGAGUCGACCAUGCCGUUCACAUGCCACUUAUGUCCCAGACGUUUCGGCUACAAAGUUGCUCUCGUUGCUCACAUGAAACAUCACUCAUCCAAACUCACAUGCAUCUGCCCCAUCUGUGAAAAGAGCUAUCAGUACAGAGGUUCCCUCAUUCAGCAUCUCAAAUCAUCUCAUGCUGGAGAGAAACUCUUGUGUAAGACCUGUGAUAAGGGUUUCCUAAGAGUCAACGGCUACGUCAAACACAUGGACAAACACAACGUGAUGACCCCGUUCUACUGCGACAUCUGCAAAAUUUAUUUUUCACAGCGAGGCUACACGGCACACAUGGCCACCCAUGAGCAGAAGAGCCUUUCUGAGCAGCAGCCUGAUGAGUCUGUUGAGAACCAGCCAAACGAUACUGAAAUAAGUCUUGUCAGUGUGAAUAGCUCUGAGGAAGGAAUGGAUCCAGUGACUGUGAGGCGGGAAGAAGCUGAGAUGGAGCUGCUCAGUGAAGAUGAGAUGGAAGUUCUGUCUGGGAAUUCAGUGGAUCCAUCAACAGUCGAAGGUGUGGAGUCUGAAAAUGUGGUUGUGGAAAAGAAACUUAAUCAUGAAAAAGAGUGAGGAAAGCUUUGGCACACAAUGAGAUCUCCGUCUAAACAAUAUAUAUAUUUUUUUUUUAGGC